GGGGUGAGAUGGGGAAAAGUGCUGCUUGCAGGAGGCUUUUAGUGCACCAAGGGGCAAAAUCUGCAAAGUUGUCGCCCUCGCAGCCUCUCUGUUUGCUCUCGUCUUGAGCUGGGAGAAAGGGGGGACAGAAACUUCUGCACCUUCCUGGCAAAUCACAAAGCUUUGUUGGUGGCGCCGGGGUGGUUUUAGUGCUUUUUUUUUUUUUUUUUUUUUUUUUUAACGUGUGUGUAUGUGAGAUUAUUACAUAAGGUCGAUAAUUUCUGUUGCUGCUGAAUUUCUCCUCCUCCUCCCCCCUCGUGUUUUGUGCGGAUUUUUCUCUGGCUCGCUUUCAGUGAAUGAACUGGCGAUUUGCGAAGUUGCGAAGAGCCCCCUCCGCCCCCUUUUUUGCAUCCCCCCCCUCUCUCUUUGCGCUGCUCUGCAGAUGACAAAAGGAGCAAACUUCCUCUACUUUUGCUGGCAUAUUAAGAGCGCUUUCUGGAGAGAUUACGUUUCAGGUCUUGGGAGGACCUCUCUUUCCCCUUGCUGGAAAUACCAUAAAACCUGCCUCUAAAACAAUUGCCCGACCCGGGAACCCGCAGGAAGACCCCCGUAAUGCCAGGAAUGGUCAGCAAAAACCCCGAUCUCGAGUUUGACUCUUUGCAGCCCUGUUUCUACCCGGACGAAGAUGACUUUUAUUUGUGCGGCCCGGACUCAGCCCCCCCCGGGGAGGACAUCUGGAAAAAGUUUGAGCUGCUGCCCACCCCUCCCCUGUCUCCCAGCCGGGCCGGGCUCCAGGAGCACCCCCCGGGGGGGGGGCCGGUGCCCUGGGGAGGGGCAGCACUGGGGGGCUGCCGCCCCACCGACCACCUGGACUGGGCGUCCGAGCUUCUCCUGCUGCCCCCGGAGGCCGACCUGUGGGGCGGCACGGACGGGGGAGACUUGUUCGAGUCGGGGCUUGGCGUGACCAACAACCUCAACUCCAUCAUCAUCCAGGACUGCAUGUGGAGCGGCUUCUCGGCCCGCGAGAAGCUGGAGCGGGCGGUCAGCGAGAAGCUGCAGGGCAAGCCCCCCGCCACCACCACCGCUGCCCCGCCGCCGCCCCCCCCGGCCGCUGCCACCACCGCCCUUGUCACCACCGCCACCGUUCCUGCCGUGGCCACAGCUGAGUGCGUGGACCCGGCCGUUGUCUUUCCCUUUCCUGUCACUAAAAGGGAGGCGACGGGGACGGGCCGAGGGGCUGUGGGCGGCGGGGGGGCCCCGCGGGGCGCUCGGUCACCACGUCCCGCUGGGGACAGCCGGGCCAGCAGCAGCAGCUCCGGGGACGACACCCUCAGCGACUCGGAUGAUGAAGAUGAGGAGGAAGAGGAUGAAGAAGAAGAAAUAGAUGUUGUGACAGUGGAGAAAAGACGCUCCUCCUCCAACAAGGCUGUUACAACUCUUACUAUUACAGUGCGUCCUAAAAAUACCACUUUUCCACCGGUCAGGACACAGCAGAACGAACUGAUCUUAAAGCGUUGCGCACCAAUUCACCAGCAGCAUAAUUAUGCCGCUCCUUCUCCAUACAUGGAGAGUGAAGAUGCUCCACCACAGAAAAAGUUAAAAACCGAGGUGCCCCGUACAGUAAAACCCAUGAUACAACCAAAGUCUAAGAGUUCAAGUCCUCGAAACUCAGAUUCAGAGGAUAGUGAACGUCGACGUAACCAUAAUAUCCUGGAGCGUCAAAGGCGUAAUGAUCUACGGUCAAGUUUCCUCACAUUAAGGGACCAUGUUCCAGAACUGGUUAAAAAUGAGAAAGCUGCAAAAGUUGUGAUCUUAAAAAAAGCCACUGAAUAUGUCCAUUCUCUUCAGGCAGAGGAGCAGAAGUUAUUGCUAGAAAAGGAAAAAUUGCAAGCCAGAAAACAACAGCUGGUAAAGAAAAUAGAAUUCAAGCGGACUUGCUAAGCUUUUUUUCUUUUUUCUUUUUUUUUCUUUUUUUUUUUUUGGCUGACCAGGACAGUCAUUGCCACUUUGCACAUUUUUGAUUCUUUAAAAAAAUUGUGUUUUUUUGACGUUAAGAAUGUUGGUUUUCCUUUCAAUCCAGUCCCUGAAGUAAUUGACAAACUAUAUUAUCCGGGUACGGAGCAAAUGGAUGUUCUUGCAAGGAGUUCAUUGCAAGACUACCAAACAACAACGGACUGCCUUUUUUUUUUUUUUCUUUUUUUCUUAAGAACUGUAGAUGGUGGGGAUUUUUUUUUUUAAUUGUUGUGAGCAUUUGGAGCUGCUGAUGACAUAUAGUUGAGUUUAAAACAUUCAUUCCUAAUUUUUAUGGUGCUUAUGUUCUAACAGAUGUUACUUUAGGGGUUGGCAUUUGUACCCCUGUGGGAAUUUUCUGUAAAUACCAUCUACACACUUGCCUUUUGUACAUGUCUUGGGUUAUGAGAGGUGGCUCUUGCUACCAGUAUUAGACUGGAAGUUCAUACCUAAGUACUGUAAUACCUCAAUGUUUGAGGAGCAUGUUUUUGUAUACAAAUAUAUUGUUAAUCUCUGUUAUGUACUGUACUAAUUCUUACAUUGCCUGUAUACUUUAGUAUGAUGCUGAUACAUAACUAAAUUUGAUACUUAUAUUUUCGUAUGAAAAUGAGUUGUGAAAGUUUUGAGUAGAUAUUACUUUAUCACUUUUUUGAACUAAGAAACUUUUGUAAAGAAAUUUACUAUAUAUGCCUUUUCCUAGCCUGUUUCUUCCAGUUAAUGUAUUUGUUAAUGUUUGGUGCAUAGAACUGGGUAACUGCAAAGUUCUGUGUUUAAUUUCUUCCAACGAUGUACAUUUAGUGCUGCGUCUUAUAGCACUUUGAAAUACCUCAUGUUUAUGAAAAUAAAUAGCAAUUACAUUAUA